CAGAUGAAGUUGUUUGUUCUUGUCUGUGCUAUGUUGGUUUGUUGUGGUUGUUGUUAGAUUGUGAAGACUUGUGUAAGACCAGUGCUCCUAGGUGUUUUUUAAUUUAUUAGUAAAAAUCACUGCUGCGAUUAGAUCCUGUCUCCUCGUUCCUGCAACCAGCCCACAGAUACAUAAGAGCUUAUCGUAAAUGUAACGUUUCACUUUUGUUUUUGGUCUCUGACAAUUGGUUUAGUGCGAAACUGUAAGGUGCACAAAUACAGGUGUGUCUCUGAAAAAGUGCAAAUAAAUGACCUGCAUUUAAGCUCAGUUUUACUUCAAGAUACACAUACACAAGUUGCAUUUUGAGGUGUUAAAGAAUCUGAUAAUGACCAUAAAGGAACUGACAUUUGUGGUGUGUAUUUGGACCGUCUGUACUGCUGGGCAUGAAUUCUUCUCAUCAACAGAUCAAAUUGCACAGCUUUUUGAGAAGAAGAACGACCUUCUGGUAAGCUUGAGUCAGUGCAUUGCUGCUGAAGAAAAUGAUGAGGCGAUGAAAAGUGCUCUUCAGAGGGAUCUGCUUUUAUACUCUGACUUUGUGGACCCUGAAGAAAUCAUGAGAGACCCUGUGGGAGCUUACAAACUCCUCAGACAACUGAGCAAUGAUAUGAUACAUAUUGUAGAACACAUCCAACCGAGUCUUCACUGUAAAAAGUAUCACGAUGAGUUGAAGAUAAACAUCCCACACUGGGAGGAUUUGGAUGGUGCCGCUUCAGGACUGAUCAGACUGCAAGAGAUCUACAGACUCUACCCAGAAGACAUUACAAGUGAAACGUCUCUAAAUGCGGAUGAAGCUUACCAUGUGGGGUUGGUAGCUUAUAACAUGGGCAAAUAUCAGCAUGCUUUUCUCUGGUUUCUGCACAGUUUGAAUAGAUUAACAGCAUACUCAAGCACUAUUGAGAUAGAACUGCUUCACUGCCUUAGUUUCUCAGCCUAUUAUUUUGGUAGCCUACCUCAAACCUACUUUGACCAGCAGCCUAUAAAUCUAGAUCCAGCUAAUAAUAGAGUCAGACUUCAGCUGAAUAGACUCUCUCACUUCCUGAAAACUUCAAACCUUGACAUAUUCACACUAAGCACAGAGUCAAGUAAAUAUGAGACACUGUGCAGAGGAGAGAUUGAUGAGAGGACCUCCCAGAGGCAGAUGGCGCUGUCCUGCAGGUACAGCACAGGUGGAGGAAACCCCAGACUGAUGUAUGCACCAGUGAAAGAGGAAGUGGAGUGGGACGACCCUCAAAUCAUCAGAUAUCAUGACAUUAUUUCAGACAGAGAAAUAGAGAUCUUGAAGAAUAUCUCCAGACCUCUGCUUUCUAGAUCGGGAGUUUAUCAGAAUGGACGGGAUACAAUCUCACAUGGCCGUGUUUCUCAAAGUGUUUUUCUACAAGACGAAGAUCCUGUGGAUGCUCGUGUCAGUCAGAGGAUUGCAGAUGCUACUGGACUCUCCAUGGAAACAGCUGAAUCACUACAUGUUCAGAAUUAUGGGAUUGGUGGCAGAUAUGAACCACAUAAUGAUGCAUUGAAAAUACAGAAUGACCGGAUUGCAACAUUCCUAUUUUAUAUGAGUGAUGUGGAGAUAGGGGGCGCCACUGUGUUCCCUAACGUUGGAGUUGCAGUGCAGCCAAAAAAGGGUUCAGCUGUGUUUUGGUACAACCUCCAUAGGAAUGGACAAGUGGAUACGGAUACAAAACAUGCUGGAUGCCCCGUGUUAAGGGGUAACAAAUGGGUGGCUAAUAAAUGGAUCCAUGAGUUUGGACAGGAGUUCAGGAGACCCUGUUCUUUGUCACACUGGGAAUGAAAGACACUGAGACCAUGGAGAAAUUCUUCCGUAAUAUUUAUUAUAAGUUGUAUUAGCU